AUGCGUCGUAGCGUCGGGCUGCUCGCCGUCGCCGCCUCGGUGGCCGCGGCGCCGCGGCCGUCGCCGAACAGCAGCGGCCCCUACUUCGUCCGGCGCUGGACCUGGCCGGCGGCGCAACGCGGCCGCGGCGCCUUCCUGUCGGCGUCCGACUUCGUCGUCAACGGGACCGUCGACGGCUGCGACGCGACGAGCGUCGUCUGCGCGGCGACGCCGAAGAACGCGCCCGCGCGGCUCAGCGGCACGCACUGGCAGCACGCCCAGCAGGUGCUGCUGCCCUGCUGGAGCCUCUUCUCGUGGCACCCAAAGAAGGCGCGCUACGUGCUGUUGACGGGCGGCGUGGGCCUCACGGCGUCCCACCCCUGGACGGCCUUCGUCCUGGACGCCAUGGGCGCGACGGUCGUCGCCGACCGGUCCGGCGUCGCCGGAGACUGCCCCCUCGAGGGCCGGCUCCGGCGGAAGACGGGCACGGGCGACGCCGGGUCCGAGAUCCUGUGGCUCGCGGACCCCGCGCACGCGGCGGCGCUCCAGGCCGCCGCGGGCCUGUCGCCGCCGCCCCCGGGCGCGGGCCUCCGCGUCGGCGUGCUGAACCGCAGGAGCCACCGCAGGUGGGACGCGGACGGCGCGUUCCUGAAUCGCACGCGCGCGGCGUUCCCGGACGCGACGGUCGCGGACGAGGCCUACUUCGAGGCCCUCGCCCCGGCGGCGCAGGCGGCCUGGGUCCACGCCGCGGACGUCGUCGUCUCGCCCCACGGCGCCCAGCUCUCGAACCUCGUCUUCGCGCGGCGCUGCACGGCCGUGCUCGAGCUCUUCCCCCGCCACUUCUACAUGCCCGGCUUCUACCUCGCCCUCGCGCUCCAGGCCGGCGCCGUACCCUUCGCGGGCUACGCGACGGACGACCCGGAGGGCGACCGGCCCGGCAACCGGAACCAGAAGGGCCGCUACUGGUUCAACCGCAAGUUCAAGUACCGCAAGACCGACGCGAACCCGGCCGUCGUGGCUAAGGCGCCGUUAUGGCGCGCCUUCGCGGCGUUCGUGCAGUCCGACGUUGGCAACUUCGCCUACUUCGUCGAGCGCGUGGACCCGUUCGACGUCCGCUUCACGCUGCCCGUCGUCAUGUGCGUGCACGUCAUCGAGGGCGGCUUCAUCGAAGCCUUCCAUCUUCCCUUCGACCAGGAGGCCUUCACAACGAUCUUUGGCCGCGCCGUCACGAACGAGGCCGUCGGCUUCUUCCGGGACCACUCGCCGCACGCGGACGGGAGACCUGGAAACCAGCUCAACCAGCUCUACCUCCUCAUCGCGGACCUCAUGGUCAACGGCUCCAAGGAGCAGCUGAAGUUCCUCAUGGGGGGCGCCCACAUCGGCUGCGGCGAGUGCGCACGCCUCGCCAUUGUCCACCUCGAGCGCGAGAAUCCCGUGAGCGAGGACCCGCGCCCUUUUUUUUGA